AUGAGCAAUCAAUGCGCGUCGACCAACAACGAUGAGGAUCUCGAGAUGGUCCGACAAGAAUUUGAGCGGCUCAAAACUGUGGAGAAUUUCAAUCGAGUUGGAGGAGACGUAGUCCCAAUUUUCGCAUCCAAGGAGAAAUUGGUGUGCGAAAUGGUAUUGAAGCCAUAUCAUCUGAACUCGAAGGGCACACUUCAUGGUGGUCAAACCGCGACAUUGACGGAUAUUGUGACGGCUCGAGCCGUCGGAAUGACGGUUAGGAAUCAAGGAAUGGCUUCAGUGGAAAUUGCUGUCAGCUAUUUGCUUCCGGUGAAAAGCGGAGAUACGAUCGAAAUCACGGCGCACGUUCUGAAAGUCGGCCGGAAUCUCGCAUUCACCGAUUGCGAAUUCCGGCGGAAGUCCGAUGGCAAACUGACGGCCAAGGGGAAGCACACAAUCGCGAUUCUUCCCAAUCAGCCAGGUGUCUCUGUGGCGAACGGCAAUCAAUAUUGA